AAGGUGUCAGUGUCCUGAAGCAGCACAAGAGGGGAAAAAGAAGGCGAGCUGACAACAUGAGCCACAGCCCAGAGAGGAUGUCUUCAUACCGGCGCCAUUUUGAGGACAGCAGCUCCUCUUCCUACCAGGUGCGAGUGUCCAGCCCCUCUCCCCCUCGCGCCAGGGGGGCGCGGCACCGCUCUGCCAGCUACUCCCGUUCCUCCACGACCCUCAGGGCGGAGGCAACAGGCCGGAGGACGGCCUCAUCCAGCCGGAGACCCCACAUAGCCAGCAUGGGGGCGAUCUGUCUGGGUGUUGGGCUCGGGCCAGCGCUGGAUCUGGAUGCAGCUGCUGAGGCGAACCAGGAAUUCCUGAGCACCCGAACCAGUGAAAGACAGGAGAUGGUCGUCCUGAACGACAGACUGGCAGCGUACAUUGAAAAGGUUCGUACACUGGAGCAGCAGAACAAACUGCUGGAGGCGGAGAUCGAAGUUCUGCAGAAGAGAAAGCCGUCUGGGCUGAGGGUGCUUUAUGAAGAGCAGCUGAGGGAGCUGAAGAGGAUCGCAGAUCUGAUGAGAGCGCAGCGGGACAUGUCUCUAGCAGCCAAAGAGGCUAUGGCUGGACAGCUUGAAAUGCUCAAGGCAAAAUACGAAGAAGCGGUCGAGGGAAGGAAGAAAGCCGAACGGGACAUCGAAGCUUUCCGCCCUGAUGUGGACGCUGCUACGUCGGCGCGAAUCGCCCUGGAAAAGCAGCUGGAGACCCUCGAGGUGGAGCUGGAAUUCCUUCAGCGGGUGCACAAGGAGGAGAUAGAGGAGCUGAUGAAACAGAUUUACAGUGGAGUCAUGACGGUUGAUGUCGCCUUCUCCCUCCCGGACCUUGCUGCUGCCUUGAGACAGAUUCAGUCUCAGUAUGACGAUAUUGCUGCAAGGAAUUUAGAGGAAAUGGAUAACUGGUAUAAAUCGAAAUUUGAGGAUCUUAACCAUGCUUCAACAAAGCACGUGGAGAGAGUCAGGAGCGUGAGAGAAGAAAUUGCAAACUGCAAAAGAGAUAUUCAAAGUAAAGAACGAGAGCUUGAAAUGCUUAAAAAUAAGAACGCUGCGCUGGAGGCCCAAAUACGAGAGGCACAAGAGAGACACAAGAAGGCGAUUGAAGAUCUGGAGGAAAAAAUAAAGAGACUCCAGGACGAGCUAAAGUCUACAAAGGAAAAAAUUGCCCUGCAUCUUCGAGAAUACCAGGAUCUGUUGAAUAUUAAAAUGGCCCUUGACAUUGAAAUUACCACCUACAGGACGCUCAUUGAGGGCGAGGACUCCAGGCUGACCGGUAUGGUGAGAAGCUUGCACCUGACGAGCGGCAACAUGAUCAGCCAUCGGCUGGGGGCGGUUGAAAGCAUUUCCAAAGAGCAAGCGGUGGAGGUGACUGAGAGAAAAACUGUACUAAUCAGAACAGUUAAAACAGAAGAGGACACGGUGCUAAAGGAUACCCAGGAGCGCACGAUAACCAUUUCUGGUGCUGCUGAUGAAACCGACGAAGAAUAAAUCAGGACUGAAAACGCCUCUGUCAAGUGAUGGAUAUGUCUUAGAAUUAACAUUUAGUACAAGUGCCUUUAACCCACAAAUACCCAGGACUGUGUUCCUGAGAUUAGCAUUGCUUGUGCCUUGUAAUGCCUUCUUUCAGUAUGCACAAAUAAAACUAGCAGCAAUC